AUGGUAACUAAAAAGAUAAUAAAAGCUUCGAACUCACCAUUCAACUCACCACUCUGGGUAGUCCCGCAAAAACGCGAUGCAUCUGGAAAACAGAAGUGGAGGAUUGUCAUUGACUUCAGGAAGUUGAACGAGAAAACUGAUCAAGAUGCCUACUCACUUCCGGUGAUCGACGAAAUCUUGGACCAACUCGGAAAAGCAAAAUUCUUUUCAGCUUUCGAUUGGAGCUCAGGAUUUCACCAAAUUCCUAUGCAUGAGGACUCAAAAAAAUACACUGGGUUCUCUAAAAAUGAGGGACAUUUUCACUACAAUCGCCUACCGAUGGGGCUCAAGAAUUCGCCGGCAACAUUCCAAAGAAUGAUGGAUACAGCAUUAAGAGGGCUAAUCGGAAAAAUAUGCUUUGCUUACCUAGACGACAUUGUUGUCUUUGGAAGUACACUUCAAGAACACAAUGAAAAUCUGGUUAUCCUAUUUGAACGCUUACGGGCUACCGGACUUAAACUUCAACCGGAUAAAUGUGAAUUUCUUCGGCCAGAACUAGAAUACCUAGGGAUCGUGAUCACAGAAAAUAGAGUGAAGCCAAACCUCUAUAAAUUAUCAGCUGUCCAAAAUUUUAAAAGACCCGAGAAACAAAAAGAAGUUAUGUCCUUCUUAGGCUUAGCCGGGUACUACCGAAAAUUUAUAAGAAACUUUUCUACAAUAGCUAAACUACUAACUGAAUUGACAAAGAAAAAUCAACUCUUCAACUGUACAUCGACUUGCGAAACAAGUUUUAAGUCAUUGAAAGAUGCUCUUUGCUCAGCACCGGUUCUAAGGUAUCCAGACUUUAAGGACACACUCACGUUGACUACUGAUGCAAGCAACGUCGGGCUGGGGGCAAUUCUAUCUCAGCAGGGACAUCCAGUUUGCUACAUCUCAAGAACACUAAAUAAUCCUGAGCGUAACUUCACCACUACCAAAGAAGAACUUCUAGCAAUCGUCUGGGCAGUUAAGCGCCUCCGUCAAUACCUUCUUGGACACGAAUUCGUGAUACAAACAGUCCACCAGGCUUUGACCUGGCUUUUCAACAAAAAUCGCAGCGAUGGAACCGGAACGCCAACGACAGGUGUCGAUAACGAAUUGAUUUCUGAAAGAUUGCGAAAUCACGAACCGAAAGAUGAAAAAGAAAUCCCCAACGAGUACGCCAACUGGAAAAAGAACCGUAUGCCUAAUAAGUUGAAAAUUAAACCGGUAAUUAACGGAAAGAAUUGGAUUAAAAUAAGCAAGCAAAAUAUUUUCUCUUUUCUGAGGAUUCAACUACCAGAAUACAACGAAGCGGAAUGGGUGAAACUUCUCUACACCAAAAUUAAAGACUUCACCAGAAACAAAUCCUGGAGUAUAUUUGAAUUUCACAUGGAGGGUCCCUUAAGUAACAUCACCGAACGAAUCCGCAUCGGAGAUAUGUUAAAUUUCUUACUUCAGAACAAAUUCGCAGAAUACACAUUUUUUCUGUGCGAGCGACCUGAUAAACAAUUAAAUGUAGAGGAGAAGCAAAAUCUAUUGAGGGAAGCACACGGAAAUGUGGCUACAGGUCACUUCGGCGAAAAACUGACUCGGAUUCGUCCCAAAGUCGAAGCAGUCAUCCCAGAAAUGCCAACUCAACCAAAUGACAAAAUCGCAAUGGACAUAGUUGGUCCAUUACCGGAAACAACGUGUGGGAACAAAUACAUCUUAUCUAUUCAGGAUGUGCUAACGAAAUAUAUAAUCCUUGUUGCAAUAAGCGAAACAACGAGCGUGAGCAUACAAACCAACCUGCUAGAUCACUACAUAUACAUCUUUUCCUCUCCAAAGCACAUCUUAACUGAUCAAGACGCUAACUUUGUAUCGGAAUUGGUCAAUAAAUUUGAAAACCUCUUCAGAAUUAUGCACGUCAAAACAACCGCUUUCCAUCCACAAAGUAAUGGAGCACUGGAAAGAACUUACGGAACAAUUAAAGAUUUUUUAAAGACUUACAUGGCCGAUAACGAGACGGAAUGGGAUCAAAACUUGAACCUGAUAUGCUUAGCAUUCAAUACAGCAGUUCACGAGAGCACAGGACUCACGCCGCUCGAAAUAACAUUCGGAAGAAAAGCUAACUUACCGUCAGCUUUAACAACAACCACAUCAAUAACCCACCAAAAGUGCUAG